AGGCGACCUGUCGGCAUGAGAGAGACAGUCCCCUCAGCUGACUCUAAGUAUUUUUAGUCCCAAGGCGAUCAGACAGGAGGAGAGGCUGCAUUCAAACGUUGAAUGUGCGGCUCGACAUGCCACCUCACAUGGAUUACUUUUACCACGAGUCCCGAGUCCCUUCCGCUUGCGGGCUGACCCGGGAGGAUGAGCUGGAGCCCGGUGUGAUCAGCUGUAUGCUGGUCGGUGACGGAGCCGUCGGGAAGACCAGCAUGAUUGUUAGCUACACCUCCAACGGAUACCCGACAGAAUACCAGCAGACUGGUUUCGACGUCUUCUCCGGUCAGGUCCAAGUAGAAGGAUCUCCAGUCAAAGUUCAACUUCUGGACACCGCUGGACAGGAAGAGUUUGAUGAAUUCAGGGCUCUGUCCUAUGCCCACACGGACGUCUUCCUCCUGUGCUUCAGCAUGGUCAACCCCACCUCAUUUCACAACAUCACCAAGAAGUGGGUCUCGGAGAUCCGGGCCUACAACCCGUCCUCGCCCAUCGUCCUUGUUGGGACUCAGUCGGACCUCUUACUGGACGUGAACGUCCUCAUCAACCUGGACCGAUCUAAUGUCAAGCCCAUUCUGAGCUCCCGGGCUCGGAGCAUGGCGGAGAAGAUCAGGGCUGCAGACUACAUAGAGUGUUCGUCACUCACGCAAAAGAACCUGAAGGAGGCGUUUGACGCGGCCAUCUUCGCCGCCAUUAAGAACAAAACCCGCAAGACCAAGAAGAGGAGGUUUUCCGACCGGCGAACAAAAGCUUUCUCCAGGUGUAGCUGGAAGAAGUUCUUCUGCUUCAUCUGAACUCAUGAACGGACCGUUAACCCUGUGGGUUGUGGACAAAACUCUUGAUUUAUUUAAAUCCUUUACUUUCGCUUGAUGUCACACCUCCAAUCUGUGGCAGUUUAGCAUCCUUCCCUGUUGAGUUUUUUGUCUUAUUUUACUCUGGGAUGCCAAAUGGUGCUAGGGAAACAAGACAUGAGCACACUGAGCAUUGGGAACCAACAUCUAUGGAGGCAGCAGAGAGGAUUCUGGGUCAUUAUCAACUUGAGUGUGGUUUCACAACCCAGCAGACAGAUUCAGGGCAGCAGUGUUGCCUACAUUAUAUUCUAAUGGUGAUUGUUUCAGGGCGAUAGAAGAACAACAUGUCUCGCAUAUUAAAAUCAAAGCAUCUGUGUGUUUUCUAUGUAUGCAUCACUGGUGCGAGAACUGGGCAGCGAACUGAGACUUUCACCGCGGCGAGUCGACUCGAUCAACAUGCGAGCAGAAAGAGAAAGGACAGGCCAUCAUGUAAAUGCUGUGAAUUUGCAUGGUGUGCUUUGCUACCAGCUGCAGCCUUUAAUGCAAGCGGGGGAAACAGAAAGUAUCAGGGCCGUGUGUGAGCAGAUGGGCGUUAGCCGCUUCUCCGCUGUGCCCUGGCUGUCUGGCAACGGCAGCCGAUUUGAAUGCGGCGGCUGCAAGUUCAGGUUGCAGGGUGACGUGCCACAUUCUUACCUGUGCGUGAAAGCUCCCCUGGCUGGUUCUGCCUGGUCUUCUCUGGUCCUCAAGUUAUUCCGCUGACAAUCUUAUCACCCCUGCAUUUAAGUGGAAUUUUAUCAAGCGAUUUAAACUCUGUGGAAAAAGAAACACAGCGGGCUGAUUUGUUUGUGGCAAAGUCUUAACUCUAAAGGUUGGUGCAGGAACUUGUUUGAAAGUCCUCUUGUUUGAGGUGAAAGGUUGCAUGGGAGCGGCAAACCUUUGGCUUUUUGUCCCCGUCUCCCAUCAAUCUGCAUCUGUGAAAGCAAGCACUGCAGGAGCUUUAACUUCCACCCUGCGGGUCCUCCCACCACCACCACCGGCAGCCUGGCUUUUUUAUUCGCCCCUCUUUGUUUAUAUGCUCAAUACACUCCUUAUCUCCUCAAAAGCCCAGUGUGUACACAGUUAGAGGACGUUAAACUGCCUCUGCUUGAAUGUAAGUGGAAAGUAACACACUUUUUGAAAAAGCCUUGUGUCUGUCUCAUAUGUGCAAAAGAAAGACAUAUUUUGCUCUCCGGUGUAACGGUAUCUGGUGGAUAUAUACAUAUAAGUGUAUAUAAGUUUCCAGAGGCAGGGCUUGGCUUUAUUAUGCUUCUCGUGGAAGUCAGCUUAAUGUAUAUGUUAUUCUGUUUGUUAAAACAGGUCAUGUGUCAUGUUUAGGUAAAUGAAAUAUUAGACAUGGAUUUUAAAUGCAUUAAUGUACUCUCCAAACAUUUUGUAUCCCUGUCACUAAUCUCAAUUCGCCAUCUCCUUCUCUAACCUGUGUGUCUUUUUUACAUGUUGGAGCGAUGUGAUGCAAAUAAAUGAAGUGCAAACUGUA